CCUCAGUACAGGAGGGAGAGAGUGUUAGCAUUGAAGUUUAUGGAGUAGACAGCAUUUCACAGAUUAGAAAUGAGCAUGUAGAGACAAGGAAGAAAGAUGACCCACAUUUGCAAGGGUUAUGGUUUUCCGAUGUUUGUAAGACCAAGAAUGUGUUAGAAAUAAAGUUACUAAUUGGCGCAGAUUAUUUGUGGUUAUUUCAAGAAGGGCGUACGGUUAGGAGCAAGAGUGAUGAACCCGUUGCGGUACAAACCAAAUUAGGAUGGGUGUUGUCAGGUACACUGAAGAGUAGUUCUGAAGAUGAUGAUGAUCCUACAUCGUGUGCACAG